CUAUAGCUGAAAACUACGUACUGUUGUGAAAUUGCUUAAAUAUAAAAGUCGCGUUAAACAUUUCAUAUUGUUAAACUUGACACUGGAUAUUAAUUAUUGAACAUAACUGAUAAUAAUGACGGCUACACAUCAAUAUGAUACAAGUCUACUGGACAAUGACUUGUUGUUCAAAAUGCUUAUAAUUGGAGAUGCCGGCGUUGGUAAAUCCUGCCUAUUAUUGCGUUAUGCUGACAACGAAUUUUCGGAAUGCUACAUCAGCACGAUUGGAGUAGACUUUAAAAUCAGGACUGUCGAGAUGGACGGGAAAGUUAUUAAAUUGAAUAUGUGGGAUACGGCGGGUCAAGAACGAUUUAAGACAAUAACUUCUACAUUUUACCGAGGAGCGCAUGGUGUUAUUCUUGUCUUUGAUUUAUCCGACAUGGAAUCUUUUCAAAAUCUGCGAGGCUGGUUUAAAGAAAUUGAUAAAUAUGGCGGACAUCAUGUGGCGAAACUGCUCGUCGGCAACAAGUCAGACAUGAAGGCCAAACGGGUGGUUACCUAUGAAAUGGCUCAGGAAUUUGCUGGCCAAAUGGGCAUUCCAUACUUGGAAACAAGUGCAAAAACUGCCGCUAACGUUGAACAGGCUUUCAUGACAAUGACUGCUGAAAUGAAGAAAGUCUUUGACACUGGUGCUUUCAAAAAUCCUCCUAAACCAAUCAAAAUCACGGAAGGACGGCAUGUGACCGGGAAGUCAUGGUCGCUUGGCAACAUGUGUGUUUGUUGAGUAUGUUGUACGAGUGUAUGUCUGGCGAUAUAUUUCAUUUGUUGUCCGGUUCAUCAAAGAAUGUGAAAUUACAGUAGAUUUAAGGAUGACAGAGAGAUACUUUAAAGGCCGCAAAGGAACAAUACAAAGAGAAUGACUGGAUAGGGGACUGGUAUGUACUCGGUCGAAUAUGUGCUGUGAUUUCUAACCAGAGUACGAAAAAUGCCAAAUCGAAGUUCUUUUUUUCGUGGACUUUAACGUCACACUGACACAAUGAUAGGUCGUAUGGCGACUUUCCAGCUUUUUAAUGUGGAUGAAGACCCAUUGUGCCCUUCCGAGAAUUAUUUCGUCAGUGGCGGGCCCCAGGGAAUAGCCAACGACCUUCCAGACAAGCCAUAAAUGUGAUGUGCGAAAAUAAAAUAUCAUCCUCUGUAUGUAAUGACAGUUUUAAAACAAAUGUCUACACGACGCUUUUAAAACUUGAGAAAGCAUACAGACUAAUAUUGUCAGAUCGUCUCAAGGUAUUUGUACCUGGUCAAGCGUUCUGUAUGUUACGCGUCUAAAACCAUGUGGUCUCUAAACUGAAUGCAAAGUAGUGUAUCGUCGAAAAAGUGUUUAAUAGUUCAAGCGACAAAAGUACCGUGCGACUGUGAUCUAGUACAAUGACCUCCCGUAACCAAAUCCAAGUUCAAGCCAGAAUUGUGAUGUGCAAAAAAUAAAUUAUCACCCACUGUGUGUAAUGACGGUUUUAGAAUAAACGUUUGAAAGACGCUUUUAAAACUUGAAAAAGCACGCAGAAUAAUUACCUGUACACACAAUACGAGGCUGAACUGAUUGAUAAGAUACAAGAUGAUUUUACUGAAACGUUUAUGUUCACAUAAGUGAUAUCAAAAUACUUUUGCAACCUCAGCAGCAUUGUGAUGUAUUUACGCUCGCUAUAUUAAUGGUGAAAGAUGGCGAAAAACUCCGUCAACUAGCAGAAAGGGGUUCAUAGUGCUAUUUAAAAUCAAUUUUGUUUUUAUCUUCAUCUACGACUUGGAUGCACGUUUCAAAGUUCAGAUGGUUGUGAUUUUCCAGAAUCUGGUGAACAACAUAGUCCCCGCAUGUUAUUUUGUGCCAUUAUGUAGAGUACAUACACCUUUAACUCAGUAAGAUAAUUUUAGACUAAUAAAUGAUCAGACAUGAUCGGUAAUAUAAUUAUGACUUUCUAUAUUUUCUGCCUAUUAUUUUUUCAUUGAUCUGUGCAAUAUCUUUUGUUAACGUUUGUUGAUAUUUAUAACAUAUUUUUGUAGACAAUACAUUUUAACGUUUUUUGUCAAUAUGUUAUCUGUGAUAUAAAGUUGUAAAUAAAGUUAUUCUUAAAAGA